AUUGAAACUGAACAUAUAAGAGAACAAAGUAAUUUCCAUUACUGACUGUUACUUAUUUAGUCAAAAAACAGAAAUAUACACAUUAUUAUUUAUACUUUCUUUUAGUAUUUGUAGCCUUAUGCUUUUAUUGAAAUCUGUGUGGUUAUUAAAUAAUGGAAGAUGUUUUAGAUGAAAUUGUUUCUUCAGAAGAUUUAAAGAAAUUUGAACGUACUUACCAUGAAAAUCUACGUUCAUCAAAUGUAUCUCAAAAAGUACAAUUUGAAUAUGCAUGGUGCUUAGUAAGAAGCAAAUACCCAGCUGAUAUCAGAAAAGGAAUUAUUCUCCUCGAGGAUUUAUUUAAUCAUCCUGAAGAAGAAACAGGAAAGCGUGACUGCCUUUAUUAUUUAGCUAUAGGAAAUGCCAGAAUAAAGGAGUACACAAAAGCUUUAUCUUAUGUUAGAGCAUUUUUACAAAUAGAACCUGGCAAUCAGCAAGUACAACAUUUAGAGACUCUUAUAAAAAAGAAAAUGGACAAAGAAGGACUAGUUGGUAUGGCUGUCGCUGGUGGUGUUAUUAUAGGAAUUGCUAGUAUACUUGGACUUGGCAUAGCAAUGUCAAAGAAAUGAUAAAAUGUAUGGAAUUUUGCUACUGAACCAAAAAAAUGUAAUAAAUUUAAUAUAAUAAAACAUCUAAAAAUUA